AUGGGCAACUCUCUACUGCGCGAAUUCUUCUCCAACGUCAUCGAGGCUGCCGAAAUCCUUGACAUCGAUAUCAGCAAGGAUAGGGUCCCUUCAAAGGCACAGACAUACCGAAAUGGUUUACGACCCACCGAAAUCGGGGCUCGAGGUCAGAUUCAAGAGUGGCGUAAGAACUACACGGAAGCUGAACCGGGACAUCGCCAUUACUCACACCUUAUUGACCUCCUCCCCGCCAGAGCAAUGUCCCAUCUUCUCAACAAGACUCUUGCAAAUGCAGCUCAGAAGAGUAUCGAGCUUCGACUCGCUGCUGGCGGUGCAUCCACUGGCUGGUCACGCAUGUGGACAGCAGCGCUUUAUGCUCGAUUGCUCAAUGGGGACAAGGCUUAUGACAACAUUCAGACUCUAAUUGGUCGUCACCCCGCCACGAACUUGUUUCAUAAUAUUGAACCUGGUCAGGCGUUCCAGAUUGACAGCAACUUUGGUCUGGUUGCUGCUGUGGCGGAGACACUCCUCCAGAGCCAAGCUGGCAUUGUGCACAUCUUGCCUGCACUAGGCUCCCAGGUGAAGUCUGGCUCAGUUUCUGGACUUGUUGCUCGUGGGGGCUUCCAGGUAUUCAUCGUUUGGAAAGACGGGCUUCUCGUGGAAGCUAAAGUCAAAUCCAGACUAGGAAAUACUCUCAAAGUAAGAGUCGCGGGUGGUUCGAGCUUUGAGAUCGAUGGAAAGGGGGUAGACGAGGUUGAGACCACGUCAGGACAAACAUAUACUAUCACACUGGCUUAA